AGAGUUGUGUUGAAGUAAUGGUGCGAUCGCUGAGAUAUGCGGAGAGAAAGCUCUUAAAGAAAGUCGAUUUCAUUGAUUGGGAAACCAAUUCAGUCAAAGAGAUCGCAAUCCUCAGGAAGUAUUGCAUCGAAAGACACGAAUACACGAAAUACAACAAAAUGUGUCAUAAAAUCUGGAAAUUAUGUCAAAGUAUUGGAUGUCUUCCGACGGAUGACUCGUUUCGUAACAACAGUUCCCAAGAAUUGAUGGAAAAGUUGUAUUCAAUCGGUUUAAUCAAAACAAAACGCCUCAAGAAAUGCAAUUCAGUUAACGUUAAGGCCUUUUGUCGGCGAAGACUUGCCGUGUAUUUGAUUCACUCGGGAAUGUUCUCCGGACCCCUCUCUAUGGCCGUGAAGUACGUAAGACACGGACACAUCCGCGUCGGACCCGAUGUGGUGACAGAUCCGGCAUUUCUGGUGACCAGAAAUCACGAGGAC